GAUGACAGCCACUGAGGGCUUAUAUUUUCGAGCAAACGGUUCAAUUUCUAUAGAAAACGUGUAUAAAAACUUCAGUUUUAAUCAGAAAUGAAGUAUAUUAACUGCCUUGAAAAAGUUAAUGUUCUCAUUAUUCUGGUUUAAUCCUAUCGGAAUACUUGACAAUGUGGAAAGCAGCGCAAUUGAUAGUGUUUGUUCUGGUAUUUGGUCAGGGACAUUCAGCCAUUGACGAUGUGUUCCGACAAGUAAAAGAAGAAUAUGACGACUGGUGUCGGUAUAGAAUGAAGGGCAGCAACAGAACGCUGGUGAAGCUGCAUUACGAUAUGGUGAUAGACGAAAAAACAUACAAGGAUGCUUUAAGAAAGGAAUAUUACUUCAAACCAGAGGAUGUUACCUGCGAGAUACACGGUGUUGGUCAGGCUGCAAAUCGUCGAAUAACAAUCGCAUCGAACAGCAAGGAGAACCACUGGCCGCUCGAAAUACCGUAUCAGAUAGACGAAGGAUUUGGUACCGCUGGAAUCCGAACCAUUAUAAAGGCACUGGAACACUGGAGCAGAUACACGUGCUUGCACUUCGUAGAAAGAACAUUCCAAUAUGAUCGUAUCAUUUUUACUCCUGUUGAAAACAUCUGCGAGUCAUAUGUAGGGAGGAUGAUAGGACCCCAAUACAUCUCCCUGGAUCCGCAAAAGUGUAUGACGUUGCCGAUAAUUUUACAUGAGAUAGGGCACUCCAUCGGUCUUUACCAUGAACACACGAAAGCGGAUCGGGACGAUUACAUCAUCGUACAUUACGAGAACAUUAACCGGACAUACCACUACAACUUUGACAAACUUAUCGUAGACGAAUAUCUCGAUUUUAACCAGACGUAUGACUAUCACAGCAUUAUGCAUUAUGGCAAAAAUUUUUUCGCCGACCCACGCAAUGAAACUUCGUUGGAACCGAAAGACGGAGAUUAUUUGGAUAUAAUUGGAGAAGCACAACAUCUCAGCUUCCAUGAUGUACAAAUUGUAAACGCCAUGUAUAAGUGCAAAGAGAAAUGUGCUCACGUAGAAUGCCCGAAGGGUGCAUUCGUGGGGAAAAACUGCGAAUGCUUCUGCCAGGGACUCCCCGAAGAUCCGGUACAACGAUGCAACAACGCGAGAAUGUUCUGCGCUGCCCCGGAUAUUGACUUGUCAACCUAUCGGGUCUCCAACAAGAAGACAAAGAUGGAUGAACUAUCAGGUACCCGGCAUCCGAAUGGAACUGUCCUCACAGUGCUGGAUCUACGAUGCUCCGAACGUGGAACCGGAAAUUAUACCUGCCAAGACGGUCAAUGGGUUGCUAAAGUUAACUGCACUCAAGAUCGAUGUGUUUACGACAGGACCCGAUAUGUCUUCAAACCGAAUAUUCCUGCGGCCGAAGUUGGUCGAACCACGGAAUACGUUAACUCAGGAACAUUGGUGCACGUAGAGUGCAGAGCAUCAAAAGGGACCCAAGGUUAUGAUUCUGAAUGCAGGGAUUCCCGUUGGGUUCCAGCAUUACAGAAUUGCGACGCAGUGGUCUGUGAUGCCCCGGAUAUUGACCUGUUCACUCACUCUGUGUAUCAAAUCAACAACAAGACAAAGAUUGAUGAUCUAUCUGGUACCCGUCAUCCGGAUGGAACUGUCCUCACUGUGGUGGACCUCCGGUGCUCUGAGCAUGGAACCGGAAACUAUACAUGUCGAGACGGCCAAUGGGUCACUAAUGCUAACUGUAAGCCAGAUCGAUGUGUGUACGACAGGAACCGAUAUGUCUUCAAACCAAACAAUCCUGCGGACGGAGUUGGUUUAACCACGGAAUACGUUGACUCGGGAAGAUUGGUUCACGUAGAAUGCCCGGAAAAUAAUGAAGUACGAAGUUUUGACUCGACGUGUCAAGAUUCGCGUUGGGUUCCAGCCCUGCCGGAUUGCGAUAAAAGUAAACUGUUACAGCCAUGCUUAUCGAACGAAAACCAUUUUAUUAAACAAAGCAUCCACAAGGAUCUACAGGGCGAGGAAACUAGACACAAUGCAGACCUGCGGAAACGUGCUUAA